ACGGGCAGCCAAUGUAAUCACUGAAACCCAACUGUCUUAACUCUGAUUAAUGACAAGCAAUUGAAAGUGUAGUGUAAUAUUACUAAAUAAUAUGACAAAGUUUAGUAGACUUUCAAACUGUAUUGUUGACGGAUUUCAUUUUGGAACAUGAGGAUGUGAGAAAGUAUGUUUUCUUUAUUUCUUAAUCUUCUUUUCUUUUUCCUUUUUUUAGGUCGGGUGGGGUGGGGGAGAGCAUGGUCGUGUGUACAUGUUCGUGCUACCAAUCUCGCCAGAAAGUUGUAUGCACAAUUCUAUUGUGGUGAAAACAUAACAAUUCAGUCGACGGAAUAAAACAACGCUCGUCGAGGAAAUCGGAAUCAUGUGUUGUUGUAUUACAAUUUAUUUAUUACAACAUUUAAAAAAAGUAUGACCGAGUGGGGGUCGAACUCAUGUAGCUAUAUCUUGGGUCCCCAGAAAUAUCAAUGUGCAUGAACCACAUGGAGUGAUGUCCCUUUGAUAACCACUCAUUUCCGAAGACGACAAUGAGAGAAAAAAACGAAAAGGCUGGUCAUAGCCAAAUUACUUGCAGAUUCAUGUAACUUCCCACUUGUUUACCCGACCUAGAGCUGUUUCUCGCCGAGAUAUACAACAGUUGUAGGUGUGGAGCCCCAAUACUAAACCUGAAGACAUCGCUUGUGUGAAAGGUGACAGCUCUGCGUGCAUCAACUUCAAACUCUGUCAUGGCUGCGCCAAGUGAAGCACAAACCAGUACCCAUGUCACAGACACAGAUGGGAAAAGUAUAUGUGAGGAGGCACGUACCCAAACAACUGAUCCUCAGAAGCAGAUGGAGUGUGAAAGUGAUACAACCACGGACAUAGAUGCAGAAUGCGAGGGAGCUUGUACACAAACUGACGAUCUACAGGACGAGUGUGACAAUGAAGCAGACUUAGAUGCUGGAUGCGAGGGAAUAUGUACACAAUUAAGCGAAAUGACUCCUUAUCAGUGUAGUGACUGUGGUGAAUCGUUUACCCAGCCAGGGGGCCUGCGGACACAUAUGCAGUCUUACCAUGGUCACAGCAAAGCCAAAUCUCAUCAGUGUACAGAGUGUGGGAAAGCAUUUGCACGGACCACUGACCUGGACAGACACAUGGGGAGUCACACCGGAAUCAAAUCUCAUCACUGUAAAGAAUGUGGGAAAGCAUUUACAAGCGCUUUCAGUCUGCAGAUCCACUUGAGGCUUCACAGCGUUGUCAAGCCUUAUUUUUGUUGUGAGUGUGGGAAGGCGUUCGCGCACUUGGUCGGCAUUCAACUGCACAUGAAGAGUCACAGCGGCGUCAAACCUUUUGAGUGUGGGGUGUGUGGGAAUUCAUUUACAAAAGCAGGUAGUCUGCGAACUCACAUGAUGUGUCACACAAAACAAAAACCUUACCAGUGUGGACAAUGUGAGAAAUCCUUUGCAACAUCCGAUACCUUGAAGACGCACAUGAGGAGUCACACUGGAAUUAAACCCUACCCCUGCACAGAGUGUGGCAAGGCUUUCACGACAUCAGGUAAUCGGAGGAGACACAUGAGGUGUCACAGUGGAGUGAAGCCUUAUCCGUGUAGCGAAUGUGAGAAAGCAUUCUCACGGUCUGCUGACCUGGAUAGACACAUGAGGUGUCACAGCGCAGACAAAGCCCACAAAUGUAAUCAGUGUGACAAGGCCUAUGGAACACCAGGCGAAUUGCAGGAUCACAAGAAAACACACAAUGGAGGUGGAAAUGAAUGCAUCGUGUGGAAAAUUAUUUGAAGAAUUCUGUAACCUGUUAACACAGAUGACAUGUCACAGUAGAUAUAUACUGGUAAAAAGUAUUAUUGUUACUUGUUAAAAAAGGGGCAGUGGGGUAGCGUAGUUUUUAUAGCGUUUGCUUGUCACGCCGAAGACCUGGGUUCGAUUCCCUUCAUGGGUACAGUGUUAAAGCCCAUUUCUGGUGUCCCCCACAGUGAUAUUGCUGGAAUAUUGCUAAGAGCGACAUAAAACCAUACCCACCCAUUCACUUGUUGAAGAAUCUUGAUGUGCAUCUUGUGCAUGCAAGUCGGUUAGCCGGGCUGUACUGAUAUCUGUUCUCUCUUUUAGUUAUUACCCUAAGACUCUUCUGCUGGACAAAGGACAGAGUGUCACACAGAUCAAGCAAAUAGUUCAUUGAAAAUGUGUUUUUGUAAUUUUUUUAACAAAUAGUGAACUCGAGAAGUGCACAUGCCAAUAGCGGAAUGUAGACAAGUGCACUUUACCGGGCGCACAUUUUCGGAUUUCAAUUAGUGAUGUGUUUUGGGUUGACUUCACAUUGACAGCCUGAAGAUAAGCGAGGCUAAUGAGUUAGUCUAAUAAGCCACCACAGGACCACGGGCGCUUUCACAAAUAUUUAGUGCUUUUUCACCAAGUCAUCAGCACCUCAUACCUUUAUGCACAAAACUUGAACAGUCUCCUCAAAUUACAUCGGAUUAAUUCAUUGAAAGUGAAUGCUAACCCAAACCAUACCUCACAACUAACUAAAAGGUUUGUAAAGGGGUGCCUCACCCUAAGGAUUGUAAAGGGGUGCUUCACCAGAAAGUAUAGCCCACCCCUAAGAAUCAUUCCUAAGGAUCGUGAAGGGGUGCUUGAUCAUAAAGUAUAGCCUACCCCUAAGAAUUAGCCCAAAGGAUCGUGAAGGGGUGCUUGAUCGGAAAGUAUAGCCCACACCUAAGAAUUAGCCCUAAGGAUCAUGAAAGGGUGUUUGAUCAUAAAGUAUAGCCCACACCUGAGAAUCAGCCCUAAGGAUCGUGAAGGGGUGCUUGAUCAUAAAGUAUAGCCCAAUCCUGAGAAUCAGCCCUAAGGAUCGUGAAGGGGUGCUUGGUCAUAAAGUAUAGCCCACCCCUGAGAAUCAGCCCUAAGGAUCGUGAAGGGGUGCUUGAUGGGAAAGGGGAUCCAUGGGCUAAAGAUAGAGCUUGGGGUAACCUGACCCGUUCAGCUCUAUGUAAUCUGUGGCCGCUAAACUGCAUUGUUGAGCUGACCAAGUUGUACGUUCAUGUACACUCCUCGAUCUUCCGUCUACUAGACAUGCAUUUUUUAAAAGACUGUACAAUUUAGGAAUGAUAUGUCCUGGUGCACUACCUCUUUUACAAUUAGUUCAAGUGCAACUUGAUGAUAUGAUCAGCUUUCCUUGUAAGAUAUGUACUGCUAAACUUAAUUUUUGUUCCAGGAUUCUUUUUUGUAUAAAAUUCUGUGACAGGAGGAUGUUUCUCUUGAUCAGAUUGUGUUUAAAAACAUGGAAUUUGGUAAUUGUGUAACAUGAUAACCAUGAUAACAGCUAUGUCUAAUUGUAUUACCGUAUUCGAUGUAAUAAGCGCCCAUGGCGACAUUUGCUAAGAUAUUGGCUAGUGAACAAUCCCAAUUAGCACCCCUUCCGAUUGAUGAA